AUGAAGUAUUUGGCCGCCUACUUGUUGUUGAACGCCGCUGGCAACUCUGUCCCAAGCGCUGAGAACGUUAAGAGCGUCUUGGAAUCCGUUGGCAUUGAAGUCGAAGAAGACAAGGUCUCUUCUUUGUUGAGCUCUUUGGACGGUAAGUCCGUUGAGGAAUUGAUCGCCGAAGGUAACGAGAAAUUGGCCGCUGUGCCAGCUUCUUCCGGUACUGCUGCCCCAGCUGGCGGUGCUGCUGCCGGUGCCGACGCUGCCGAAGAAGCCGCUCCAGAGGAGGCUGCUGAAGAAUCCGACGACGACAUGGGAUUCGGUUUGUUCGAUUAA